AUGCAGCAGCAGCACGGGGGAGGAGGAGGAGGAGGAGGCGGUGGCGGAGUAGGAACCGGUGGAGGCCCAGCGCAGCAAUUCGGCGCACAGCAGGUGGAGAUGCCGCCGCCAUUCUCGCCAGCCGGCGGCGCCGGGCAGCGGAUCUCGCUGGCAGAGGCGCCGUCGCCCAUCAGCAGCCGGCCGCCGGCGUCGGCACCGGCGCAGAAGUACGACGAGCUCGGCGCGUCCGGCGCCGGCGCCGUCGGCUUCGACGCCGAGGGCCUGGCCGCCGCAGCAGCCGGCGAGGAGGGCGCCAGCGGCGGCUCCGCGGGCAACCGGUGGCCGCGGCAGGAGACGCUGGAGCUGCUCAAGAUCCGGUCGGACAUGGACGCCGACUUCCGGGACGCCACCCUCAAGGGCCCCCUCUGGGAGCAGGUCUCCAGGAAGCUGGCUGAGAAGGGGUACAACCGGAGCGCCAAGAAGUGCAAGGAGAAGUUCGAGAACGUGCAUAAGUACUACAAGCGCACCAAGGAGAGCCGCGCCGGCCGGAACGACGGCAAGACGUACCGAUUCUUCACGCAGCUGGAGGCCCUGCACGGCACCGGGGCGGCUCCCGCGUCGGUGGCGUCGUCGCAGGUGCCCCCAGCGAUCUCCGGCGGGGUGUCCGGCGCAGCGGCCCCGUCAGCCGUGCGCGUGCCUGCCGAGCCGCCGCCUGCGGUGUCGGCAGGCGGCGUGGGGAUGAAGAUGGCGACGACGGUGGGCUACCCGAGCUUCUGGACGUCCAACACUGAGGACUACACGGACGAGGACGACUCCGACGACGAGGGCACCGAGGCUGCUGGUGGGCGGCGGCGCGGACGAGCGCGGGAAGAGGAAGAGGGUGUCGGAGGGCGGCGCCUCGGCCGCCGGCGGAGGCAGCGGGAAGAUGAGGAGGUUCUUCGAGGGCCUGAUGAAGCAGGUGAUGGAGCGGCAGGAGGCGAUGCAGCAGAGCCGCCGCCGCAACCACCAGCCUCGCAGACUCCGCCCCCGCAGCAACAACAGCAGGCCGCGCCGCAGCAGCAGAAGCCGCCAAUGCCGGCUUCGACGCCACAAGCGCCAGCGCCGCAACAGCAAAGCACGGACAUUGUCAUGACGCCGGCCGAGACGACGCCGCGUGCCGACACCCCGGUGCACGAGGGGUCCAGUGGCGGCGCGACGUUGUCCCGGUGGCCCAAGGCGGAGGUUCACGCGCUGAUACAGCUGCGGAGCAACCUUGACACGCGGUACCAGGAGGCCGGGCCCAAGGGGCCCCUCUGGGAGGAGAUCUCCGCCGGCAUGCGGCGGAUGGGCUACAACCGGAACGCGAAGCGGUGCAAGGAGAAGUGGGAGAACAUCAACAAGUACUUCAAGAAGGUGAAGGAGAGCAACAAGAAGCGCCCCGAGGACUCCAAGACGUGCCCCUACUUCCACCAGCUCGACGCGCUCUACCGCAACAAGGCGGCUCUCAGCGCCUCCUCUGGCGCCGGAUCCGCGGUGCACGCCAACGCAUCGUCGGCACCGCCGCAGGAGACGGUCAGGGUCGUCACGGCCUUGGCGCCCAUCUCACAAACGCCGCCGCCGCCGCCUCCGACACAGCCUUCCCAGUCCCACCACGCGGCCAAGAACGGCGGCACCGCCAGCAACGCCGCUGGCACGGGCACCGGCAACGGGAACAGCGGCGGCGCGUCAGAGCACGGAUCCAGGGGCAUGCAAACGCAGGCGAGCAACGGCAGCGCUGCAGCCAGCAGGUUCGUCGGCGAAGGCGGCGGCGCGGCCCCGGCGGCGAAGAAGCCAGAGGACAUCAUGAAGGAGAUGAUGGAGCAGAGGCAGCCGCAGCAGCAGCAGCAGACGCAGGCGGUGGUCAGCGGCUACAACAGAAUCGACGGCGCGGACAGCGACAACAUGGACGAGGACGACGACGAGGACGACUACGACGAUGACGACGACGACGACGAAGACGUCGACGGCAACAAAAUGCAGUACAAGAUCCAGUUCCAGCACCAGCAACAACAACACCAGCAGCAGCAGCAUCCGAACGCCGUCAGGCCGAACGCCGGCGCUGGCGGUGGCAACCCGCCCGGCACCGCCGCUCCCAGCACGGCUUCGGCCCCAACAACAACAGCCGGAUCUUUCUUGGGCAUGGUCCAGUGA